AUGUCAGUGGCAGCAGCACCACCACCACAGCCAGCGGGCGUGGAUGUAAACAGCAGCUCCUUCAAGGAUAAGGGCAAGCCAAUGGAAGUACGCUUGUCUAAUAUGACAGCAGCGAAGACAAUUUCCUCAGUCGUUAGAUCUUCACUCGGUCCAAGAGGUCUUGAUAAGAUGAUUCAAACUUCAAACGGCGAAGUCAUUGUCACAAAUGACGGUGCAACCAUUCUCAACCACAUGGCAGUUCUCCACCCAGCAGCGCGUAUGCUCGUUGAACUCUCAAAAGCUCAAGAUGUCGAAGCAGGUGAUGGUACAACAUCAGUCGUUGUUUUGGCAGGCAGCUUGUUAGGCGCGGCUGAGAAGAUGUUGGGUAAAGGUAUACACCCAACUAUCAUUGCAGAAUCAUUUCAAUCAGCUGCUGCAAAAGCUGUUCAAGUUUUAGAAGAAAUUUCCAUACCAGUUCAGUUAGAUGACAGAGACGCGUUGUUGAGAGCUGCUACUACCUCUCUUAACUCGAAGAUUGUCUCUCAGUACUCCAACGUACUCGCUCCAAUCGCUGUCGAUGCUGUCAGGAAAUUAGCUUCCGAGGAGUCCACUAACGUUGAUUUGCGCAACAUUCGCACCGUAAAGAAGGUCGGUGGUACUAUCGAUGACACUGAACUCGUUGAUGGUCUCGCUCUUGAGCAACCUGUUGUUACUUCUGCAGGUGGUCCAACUAGAGUAGAAAAAGCAAAAAUUGGUUUGAUUCAGUUCCAGUUGUCGUCACCAAAACCAGAUAUGGAUAACAAGAUUGUUGUCAACGAUUACAGACAGAUGGACAAGAUUCUCAAGGAGGAGCGUCAAUAUUUGUUGAACAUGUGCAAGAAGAUUAAGAAGACAGGUUGUAAUGUCUUGUUAGUGCAAAAGUCUAUUCUGAGAGAUGCUGUCAAUGAUCUCUCCCUGCACUUCCUCUCAAAGUUGAAAAUUAUGGUUGUCAAGGACGUUGAAAGGGAUGAGAUUGACUUUAUUUCAAAGUCUACUGGAUGUAAACCAAUUGCAGACAUUGAACACUUUAGUGAAGAUAAAUUAGGACAGGCAGAUUUGAUUGACGAAGUGCACAAGAAUGGUGCUAAAUUUGUCAAGAUUUCAGGUCUCAAGAAUCCAGGUAAGACAGUAUCGAUACUUUGCACUGGUGCAAACAACCUCGUACUUGAAGAGUCACAACGUUCAUUACACGACGCUUUGUGUGUUGUUAGAUGUUUAGUCAAAAAGAGAUUCCUCAUAGCCGGAGGUGGUGCACCAGAGAUCCACAUUAACAGAAAACUAAGUGAAAUCGCCCAGACGCUCAAAGGGAUGGAAGCAUACUGCUACCAUGCUUUUGCUGAGGCUUUGGAGGUUAUACCAACAACACUGGCUGAAAACGCUGGUCUGAACCCUAUAGCUAUAGUAACGGAAUUGAGAAACCGUCAAGCAAAGGGUGAGAUUACGACUGGUAUUAAUGUAAGAAAGGGUAUGGUUAGCGACAUUAAGCAGGAAAACGUACUUCAACCACUCUUGGUCACUACAAAUGCACUUGAGCAAGCUACUGAGACUGUUUCACUUUUGUUGCGUAUUGAUGACUAUAGCAUUAGUCGUUAG